CAUUCUCUCUCUCUCUCUCUCUCUCUCUCUCUCUCUCUCUCUCUCUAAAUCUCUCUCUGAGGGAAAGAAUGCCUGUCUUACUGAAGAACGGAAGUGAACCGACCAUUUUGAAACCCUGCGCCGCCUAGCACAAUGGAGAAGGGCCACACGGUGAAGCUCUUUGUGGGGAACCUGGCCCUGGACACCACACAAGAAGAACUGUCUGCCAUCUUCGAGUCCUAUGGACAAGUAGUGAGCUGCAGCGUCCUCAGGCAGUUCGCCUUUGUUCACCUGCAGGGAGAGGGGGCUGCCGAGCGGGCCAUACGCGAGCUCAGCGGCAGAGAGUUCAAAGGCCGUAACCUCGUUGUGGAGGAGUCACGGGGACGCCCACUUCACUCCACCAAAGUGUUUGUGGGUAACCUGAGCGGCAUGUGCACCACAGAAGACCUCAAGGAGCUGUUCCAGACCUUUGGGAAAGUGUUGGAAUGUGACAAAGUUAAAGGCUAUGCCUUUGUGCACAUGGAGAACAAGGAGGAUGCUUUGCAGGCCAUUGAAUCUUUGCAUGGCACUUCCUUCAAAGGACGGCCACUCUCUGUGGAGCUUUCCAAGGUUCAGCCUAGCAAACAGACGCCCACCGGAAAGAUCCCUUGUGUGAGCUGUGGUAAGCAGGGUCAUUAUGCAGGCGAGUGCCCGAGUGGUAAACCAGCACUGGAGCAGUACCAGAGUCAGGCAGCCGUAUUAGCUGCUGCCGCCGCUGCCGCUGCAGGACUUCCGCUGCAGGUGCAACAGAGUGUUCACAACUCUGUAUACAAUACCUCCACCUUUGACCCCACCUACGCUGCUCUGACUGGACUGACAGCUGCUGGAGCUCGAGCUGAAGGUGGAACCGCAGUGGCGCCUGCUGUGUACGGAGCGCUAGCUAGCCAAGUUUACGGAACGGUCGCUAACCAGCUCUACGGUGGAACUGUGGCUAAUCAGGCGCUCAACAAUAGCGCCACUGCUGCGCAGGUGUAUGGCUCGGUUAACCCCGCCCUCUACGGCCAGAUGACGAACGGAGCAGUUGCGGCAGCUGCAGCCGCUGCAGCAGCUUACGGCCCACAUGUCUACGCGCCCACAGUAGCUAACCCUGUGUUCUUAGCUGCUGCACCAAGUAUGGAGGUUCCUGCGGCUGCCGCCGCCGCGGUAAACCCAGCCUACACUGUAGGUCCGGCCAUCUACACAGCCAGCCCAGCUUACAGCACCUUGGGAGCAGCCGACCCAGCAGCCAUCUUUGAAGCAGCAAGGGCACAUUACUUUGCACAAGGACAGCAGGUGCUAGCAGAGCAGCAGCAGGCCGGUGCAAAGUCUGGGGAGAGGGACAGGAGCCCUCUCCGAAGAUCCGCACCUCUGCUGCCCGACCCGGUCAUGAAGCCCUUCAUGUAUCAGAGGGCGAAACGCAGGGCGCUGCUGCCGACUCCUGCAGGCCGGGAAGAAGCUGCAAGCCAGGAGGAGGAUGCUGUUGCCAGGUACUAUGCAGAGUACUACCAGCAGUACCAGCAGCUUGCCCAGUACCCUCAGUACCCAGCGGUCCCUUACCCAGGUCCUAACCCCAUCGCUGCGGUACCCGGCAUCCCCACCCUCCCUGGUGUUCCCGCCCCUCAGGUGGCCGCGCUGGACGCCCUCAGGCCAGUGCUGCCCGCCGCCCCCGUGCCUGCCGCUGCCGCCAUCGCCGUGGCGACGCCCCGCGUGUAUGAGCCUCCGCCGAUUCCGCCGUCGCGCAAGGAGCCCCUCCUCCGCCGCUCCGAACUCGCCCUGCACCCCCCUGAAACGCCCUUCCGAUAGUCUGCUCUUACUCCCCCGCCCCGCUCUACCCCCACCUUCUCGCGCCAUGUCUGUGACACUGUGUGUGUGUGAGAGAGAGAGAGAGUGUGUGUGUGUGUGUGUGUGAAAGAAUGUCUGUGAUUUUGUUUAUGGGAGACAUAGAUGAUAAUGUAUAUAUGUGUGUGUGUGUGUGUGUGUGUGUAUACAUGUGUGCUUAUGUCUGGGUUCUAGGAGGGUGGGCGCCUUUUAUUUUUACUUUUUUUUUUUUUUUUUUUUCUUUUUCUUUAUAAAGACUGGAAUGUCUGACCUUGGUUCUGGUCUCACACACACAUCCACCCACCCAUCCAGUGUAGCGAGUCAGGGUAGCGAAAGGGAAACGGCACAUGUUCGUUCAUACAGUACAAUGAUACAGUACAUACACGUAUAGUUGCUCUCUUUAAAGUCUUUAAACCUUAAACCUGUAGACAGUUUUAAGGUGUAGGCUUGGUUUUAAGGCGAUAACCAUGUGUUUUUUUUAAUGCAUUUUUCUAUACAUUGAUAGUAGCCUAUGAAUGAAAACUGUACUUGAGAUUUUUAAGAUUUGCUUGAAAUAGUUAUGUGAACUAUUAACCAGUUUACGUCUAUAUAUAUAUAUAAAUGUGUAUAUAUAUAAAAACACAUUUUAUUGAUUAGAGGUUGAUAACACUUUGAUAAAUUGAAUGUAUGUUUACUCCGGAGGUGUGUGAAGUGUAGGACCAGGGUUGGAUGCUGUUUUUACAUGUUUGUGUGUGUAUAUGUAUGUAUGUGAGUGUAUGUGUGUGUGUGUGUGUGUGUGUGUGUGUGUACAGCAUCUGUUGAACGUUAGCGCACACACCUUUUCAUUCAAUGUUUUUCUCAAAUGUUUUAUUCUUUGUUUUUAGUAUUUUCUACGUUGUUGUUUAAUCUUGAAGGCAUCAACAUGAAAGAACAUUAUACAGUAAACAAACAAAAGUGGUAAACACACCGGAAUACAUACUGAAGUCACUUUUGCUUUGAUGCCUGCUUCAGUUUUAUGAUGAUGGCCACCUGUAAAUGUUUUCCAACAGUCAGUUAGUAGUGUAAGGAGUCUCCAGGGGGGCUGAGCAUUUGUUGACUGCUGUUUUUCUUUCACUGUGUGCUCCAGCUCAUCCCAGACCAUCUCAUUUAAGUAAAGGUCUGAUAAUUGUGGAGCACAUUACACUACUGUCUAAUUUCAUAUGUAUUCCUGCAUUCAUAGUUCUGAUGUCUUUAUUAUUAAUUACAAUGUAGAAAAUGAAAGCAUUGAAUGAGGAGGAGUGUGUUCUGACCUUGGACUGGUCCUGUGUAUGCGUGUUUGUCUUUUGUCUUUGGGACUUUGGCCACAUAUGUAAAUGUGUAUAAUGUUAAGCCCAUUUGUCACAAUGACAGACAGGCACACACAUACAACACAUGCGUAUUUGGGGAAACUGCCUUGAUUUUGUACCACAGUGCAUACAUACACACAGACACCUCCAUCCCAUUACAUCCCAAGUGAAGAGUAUAAGGGUAAAUGGUCAGUGAGGUUUUGUAUCACCCCUCCCCAUCCCAUGUCACCCAUUCUGAAAGCUGAAAGACACUGUGAAUUCUCUCCCCUCCUAUUUUUUAUGAUUUUAUUUUAAUGUAGCUACUGUUCUCGCCAUUGGUGAUAAAUGGGAAAUUAGCAAUUCUGGAGGAAGGAGCAAACUAGAUGCCAUUAGCUGGGAUUGGUCCUCUGGUCUGCCUCUGUGUUUUUUUAGACUAAUGGGGGCUGGUCUUCACUGACAAGCCUAACUGCCAUUUUGCGUAGUAGAUGCAUUUUGGAAGUGUCUUAUUCAUGAUGCCUACAUGUUUUUAUAAAUAUAGUAAAAGGGACUCAAUCUUUUAUGUUUGUUUUUUUAAAUACUCUCCAUAAACUUUGUUUACAGUCAUGAAUGAGGAAAACGUAGCUUUCCAUCCUGUAGCUUUUUACCGAAUGAUUAUGUUUAUAGCCAAAUUCUCUUUUUUCAAAGAGCAGCCAAAAUCUCCAGUGGCUUAUGAUUCUUAUGCCUUAGUAAAUGAAAUGUAUCACACUUUGCUAUUUCUUGAUUGUAGUCUUAAAAUGUGAAACUGGAUAGAAGAAGAAGGUGGACAGUUUUUUUUUUUUUUUAAGUGCUGUAUGCUGUGUGAUGCUGUGGCGUGGGAUUAAAAGAAUUGGGAGAUCCCUAUCAGUUUCUUUCAGUCUUCUUUUUCAUUUGCUGCUCUUCAGUCUCACUAGACUACUUCCUAUCAUCUUCCUCUCUCCCUCCCUUCCUCUCUCACUCCCAUCUCUUUGCAUCUGCCUUUAACUGUGUAACGGCAUCUAUUAUCAUUUACUCCUCAUCAUGAACAAUUCAAUACCUACACAAUGAAGAGGCCAUGUUUCAUGGAACUGCCUAUGUGUAUAAUGUCUUCAUUGGUGUAGUUUGUAUGACAGUAGCACUGUUUUUGCUUCAGAUGUUUUCAUAGGAAAAGUAGUACAAAAAAUGCUAAGGGUCUAUGCAUGCAUGGUCUUUAGAUGGAAAAAAAAUUCAAAAUGUAUCCAACCAUAAAAUAAAGAAUGUCUUUAAUCGUUUAUGAAAGUAAAGGGAGAAAGCAUUUCUUUCUUUCUUUUGUUUUUUAUUUUUACUUUAAUGAUGUUUCACGAUUUGUUUUUCUUCUGUGAAACGCCCAGACUCAAAUGAAUGGGGAGCCCUGAGAGGAAGUGAAAGGACUAGAGACUGCCCCCCUGUCCCUCUGAGUUUCUGUGGAUGGGGUAAGUUGGGGGUGACCCUCCCUCUGUCCCCUUAGCUUUACCAAAAAAUCGCUCAUCUGGCUCCAAAGGAGUCAGCACUACUCAACGCUGCAAACCCUUCACUAAAUAACCACCCAACGCCGCCCAUUAAAUCCUCUACACUGAGAGUUUUGAAUUUGCUACACUGGCAGAUGUUUACUUGCUUUUUUUUGUUCUGAAGAUGUGAACAGCACUGGUUUUGGGAUGUGGUGAAGCUUUUGUUUGUACCAGGAAAACACAUGAACACACAAAAUGCUGUGCAGUGCCUCUCCAAACAGCCCUGUUGGGGUUGUUAAUUUUAACAGUAGUACUAAGUAUUCUGUGCUUUGCCCACAAAUACUGGCCUUCAUGGUAACUGCUGCAGGGUCGGACAAGCUUUAGAGAAUAUUGAAAGAAUCUAAUGCAACCUCAUUUAGCAAUAGCAGAACGCCUGCUUGUUUCUUGUUUCUGGUGGUCAAAGGUCAAAAAUUCCUUUCCGUUCAGUUGGUUGGUUGGUUGGUUGGUGUGGCACAGUGGAUAACACCACCCUAUGCCAGUGAGCUUACCACAUCAUUUGAGAGACUAGCGAUCAGUUUCCGGUCUAGGUGACUAUGCUGCGCAGCUACACCAAUAAGAGUAAAUCCUUGCUGAGCAAAUUAGUGAAAACAGUUGUUUUCUCAUUAGCAUGGGAUGUUGAAGCAGUGCACAACGUCAAAAUAGCACAGCACAGGAAGAGGCUGAACAGUGGUAUCCCACAGCUAACAAAUUUUAAUCUGCUAAUUGUAGACGCAUUUAAAUACCAAGUGUAAAUGACCUGGUUAAAAUCCUAUCAAGAUGAAACCCUAGUUUUAUCUAGUCACAUAAAUAGACCAGGCAUAAAUAAGGAUCACAGUGCCGUUCAUAUUUAUCUGCUGCAUGGAAGCAAUACUUCCAUACUCUACAAGGACUAGACAAGCUGUGUGUGCGUUUGCAGAUCUGUGUCAGCAAUGAAUUAAGCUUAAAAGUAGCUGAAUGCAUUUUUUAGAAGGUGUGUUCAGACAUUUGACUACAUAUAGAGUAUCUCAGUCAGUGCAGCUGGUCCCAUACCCUACAAUUUUUUUACAUUACAUCAGGGGUCUCAAACUCGUGAACGAUAUUUAGUUAAAAUGUGAAAGGUAGGGUAAAAAUAUAAAAAGCACAAUAUUAGAGCAUAUAUUCAGUAGAAGUUCAUGUACUAUUUUUGGAUAGCCUAAAUCACUGUUUCAGGGUAAAGUUAUGAUAGUAAGAUAUAUAAAUAUAAUAUAAUAAAAUAUAAUCUGUUUUUGUAUUUUUUUAGAUAAUAUUUCUUUUUCUUCUUCUUCUUCUUAUUAUUAUUAUUACCAUUUGCCUUUUCAUUUCGACAGUGUAAGGACCGUAAGUCCGGGUUGUUAAAUGCACAAAAAAUACUAGAAAAACAGAAUUAUUAUAAAACACAUGAGAAAUAAUAAUAAAACAAUGUAGCUAAAUGCAUGCGCAGUGUCUUUAGGAAGCAUGUAUCGAUGGGUAGCAUAACUCGACAGAACACCGGCAUGACAGAAUGCGUUAAAGAAAACACGUUCAGUGAGUUCUUGUCCUAAAGGGGCCCAGCGUCGCCCAGAUAAAAUGAGUUUGAGACCACUGCAUUACAUUAAUGGGGAUAUCUUUGCUACCAUUGUGUAAAGCUUGUCCAACCUUGCUGCAGUUGUUUUGAAAGAACGCAUCUGUGGGAGGAGCCCAGACAGAGGAAAAAGUUAAAAAUGACGCUUUGGUUUCUGUGACUAUUUUUUUUUUAUAUUGUGCAUGUUACACUUGUUUUCCUAUUUUAAAACCCAAAAGCAAAGCUUUCUGACUCCCUUGUCCCGGCUGAACUAGGUCCCCCAAAGGAACUGAAUGGUGGACACCAUGCAGUGUUGGUGGGGGGAGGACAGUUAGCGUCGCGCAAUGCACAGGAAGUUCUCUCUCUCUCUCCAUCCAGGUAAAAGCACUGUGCCUCGCCCCGCCCCUCCCUUCUUCCUGUCGUCCACCCGAUAGCGCCUGCGCCUUUACCGAACACCUGCCCUUCUCUCCCACCACCCCACCUCCCCUCUAGUCUCCACUCCACCGUCAACAUUGCCACAGCCUAUGGGGCUUCUCCGAGGCCACAAUAAGUUGCUGCCAACAUAAAAAAAAAAAAAAACUGGGCAGAUUUGCUGUGCCGUCAGCUUGAGUGACAGCAGGGGCUGAUGGUUUGAUGCUGCUAAUGCUGCUGCUGUUGGGCUGACGUUUGUGUUGCUGUGAGUGAAGGGUGUGAUGGGUGAGAGUGGUGGCACCCUGGCGGCUGAAUGAGUGUUUUAACGAUUGGUGGUUUCAGAUGCAGAAUGAGUGAGAGCCAGUGGGAGCUGCCAUGCAAGACGUGUCGAGGCAUUGGUUCCCAGCCAUGGUCUUGAAGUAGCUUAUGUCCUCAACCAAAGCCAUAGUGACCCACUGUCCUACCAUGUUUCUGCUAUUCCCAGACAGUACCACUGCAGGGUAGUGGGUGCCUAGAGUGCAAGAGCCUCUGUAUUUUAGAAGUGUUUCCCAACCCAUUUGUUGGAGACCUGCAGAUACACCAAGCUUCUGUCCUGUCUCAGCUCCCAGCAGUGAACUAGGCUUUCAGUGUUGUUGCUUGGUUCAGAUCUGUUGGGAGUUGAGACAGAAGAACAUUGUGAACUUUAUGGAGGUCCCCAAGGAUUGGGACGUGAGACACUGACUCAUAAUAGGGAAAAUACAACCAGUAGCCACCAUACCUUGUCUUGGAGAUAUGGAGAUCUGGUUUCCAACAUAGCUAAUUCAGACAAUUGGCGUUCUACAAAUCUAUGUGCUUCUUAAUUAUCCAGAUUUCUUUACUCAAGGUACCUUGAGGGCCUCUUCCAUCUGGGAGCUCUUGUUAAACAUUCCCCUGGUUCCAACCCCAGCUACAAUGUUCAUGGUUCUACCUCACAUUCAACACAAAGGCACCUGAUCCAACAAAAUAAGUGGAUGUAUAAUAAAUGGUAAGCUUGAGCAGGUGCAUUAGGUUCUAACUAAAACCAGACCCCACAAGAACUUACAUAAACCUCUCAUACAUUGGUCUCCAGGACCAGGGUUGGUAACCACUGUUCUAAAAAAGUGCAAGGCAGGGCUACUCCAAAGCCAGGCUUGGGAACCACUGUACUGGAUCACAACGAUUGACUGGAUGAAGCUACCGCUGUGGUUAAGAGUGCUUGGGUGUCAGUCUGUCCAGUGUCUCGGGGCUUGGCAGAUGUGGACUUCGCUCAAGAGCCCCACCUAGAAUAUCUCGCCGAUCUCGCUUGCCCCUCCCCCUUCCUUGACUCCUUCCCUCCUUUUUCCCUGCUCCCCCUAAGCCCUUCCUGGAGUUUGUUCGCCGCACACACAGCUUGCCGCCGCCCUCGUCGCCUUCCCAAAACCGGCUCUCUUAAGUUUGUUCAGUGUUACGCAAUUGCUGCCUAACUGCCUGAACGCACCCCUGAAACUUCCCUUUUUGCUGGACAUAUACUUUGUAGGACUCUGACCAUCUUCUUCUAGGGUUUUGGUUCCAAGUUUUUGAACACUGUUAGGUACAGGCCACUCUCCACCCCUAGAGGGCAUGCCACUCUAAAUAGGUGUCAAAAAGGGGUCUCGGAAGAGAUAUCAAUACCACAGAAGAACAGCUUAUAAAGUUUGAGACUUUGGACCUUGAGUCCAGGUUCCAGUCCUGGAUGUAAUUACCACACCCACCAGUGAUUACUAAAUCCAGGGAUAGAAACUAGAUUAAAGGUUGGGUAUUAAAGAGUGAAUUGUGUUGUAUGGCAUUGCUCCAAACAAUCCUUUAUCCUUUUUGGCAUGUUUACUCUUUAAGAGUGUAGUGACUGUAGAUUCCCCACACCUGAUUCUGUUGAUCAAUAAGCUCUGUAGGUGUUGAUUAACUAAACUGGAUUUUGCUCUUUGGUUAGAGCUUAGAGCAAAAGGCAACAUCCCUCAUUUAAGGAAGUCAGCCUUUUUGCAGACAUCAAGCUGUAUUCAAUUUUUAUACAGCAGUGAUCUCCUACUUUGCUCCUAGGGAGCUGAUAUCUCAAAGACAUUGGAUAAAACUCUAAUCCAGCUCACAUGAUACAAGGAAUUACUUUCUUUAGUCGUUGAUUGGUUGAAAGCAUGGUACCUAUAGUUUUUUUUACGUAAGCCUUCCUCUUUUUAUCUGCCGCCUGGAUUAGUUACCUGUAAAUGAUGAUGCCGCAAAAAACUGUCACUACCAUCUUCAGACUGAUGGCAUAAUAACAGUGGAGAAGUUUUUCACAUAAGUCUUAAUCCCUAGUCUGCUUACUUGGGAUGACAAGCGAUCAGGUGAAAAAGUGCCAUCAGAUGAUUUUAUUUAAAUACUUCCUUUUAAAGUGCUUAAAGUGGUUUUUACUUUUCAGUAGUUAGCAAAGUCUCUACAACCAAGAGUUCUCUGAGCGAUGCCAUAGAGGAACCACCUAUGGUUACAUAAAGAACCAUGAUUGUAUGAAAAAAAUUAGACGAAGUGUGAAGAACCUUUUUGGGAAAAAAAAAAAACACUUGAUGUAUAGCAUAGCUUUCUUCCAAACAUUGUUCUUUAUACAACUAAAAUGUAUUCUUUUGUGGAAUUCUGAACCUUUUAAAAUAAAAGAUUGUUCAACACAUUAAUGGAACAGAUGAUAAUUAAUAAAACACAGUACAUAAUGGAAUAAAUAGUAAAAAUGAAGAAAAAUCCUCACCCAAACUUUUGACUAGUACUGUAUAAGCACAAUAUGUGUUCGUGUGAUUUCAGAUAAUUAUGAAUACUUAGCUUCUGGUGAAUACUGAUUUGAGGAUUGAUUUAGCUUGAUGCUUGCACAAAUGUGUGAAUUAAAAGGAGCGUGUGCCUACUCAUAAUGUAAUCAAUCCACCUACAUGCAUUACUGCUGGGAAUCCAAUUGGGAAUGAUCCCCUAAAUUAGUUGACAUUUGUUGUGGGUGUAUAAAUUAAAAGAAUCCAAUGGUUCAUAUUUAUUAUAUUUAUCAAAUUAGGAGUGCUGCUGUUCUGACCGGUUUCUUGCCCUGCCAGUCUGUGUGCUGUUUUUGGCCACUGAGGUUUAAGAUUUAGAUUUUCAUAGUUAAAAUACAAGAAACUGAUAAUUAUGAUUUGUUUUUUUGUCUUUCAUUCCAGAAAUAUGAGUUAAUUAUGUUGUUUUUUUUUUUCAAAAAGAAAACAGAAAAUUGCAACAAAUAAGAUAUAUAUAGCUCUGGAAGCAAUUAAGAGACCACUACAGUUUCUGAAUCAGUUUCUCUGAUUUUGCUAUUUAUAGGUAUAUGUUUGAGUAAAACAUUGUAGUUUUAUUCUAUAAACUACGGACAACAUUUCUCCCAAAUUCCAAAUAAAAAUAUUGUCAUUUAAAGCAUUUAUUUUCAGAAAAUAAGAAAUGGCUGAAAUAAACAAAAAAGACACUGAGCCUUCAGACCUCAAAAAAUGCAAAAAACAAGUUAAUAAUAAUAAAGUUCAUUAUAAUAAAGUUUUAAAAUCAGUUCAGAAAUCAAUAUUUGGUGGAAUAACCCUGGUUUUUUAUCACAGAACUCUUGCAUCUUGGCAUGUUCUCCUCCACCAGUCUUACACACUGCUUUUGGAUAACUUUAUGCCACUCCUAAUGCAAAAAUUCAAGCAGUUCAGCUUGGUUUGAUUGCUUGUGAUCAUCCAUCUUCCUCUUAAUUAUAUUCCAGAGAAUUCUAUUCCAAUUUGGUAAAAUCAAAGAAACCUACUUUUUUCUUCUUUUUCUUUUUUAUUUUUUCCAGAGUUGUAUAUAUGACUUUAUUUUUUUUACAGCAAUUUCUGGUAAUAUAUAUUAUAAUAGCUAUUUAUUUUGUUAUCUUCCAUUUUUAAAUAAAAAUGAUCAGUAAGUGUUUUUUUUUUUAAGUAAAAGGCAGAAACUAGCUGUAGCUCAGCACUCUUGACUCUGAGGAGCAUGCUUACUGGUGUGAAAUGGUUUGUGAAAACAUCCAAACCCUAAACCUUCCAGAGAAACGUCCUAUAAGACAACCCCCCCCCCCCAUAAGCCUGAGCCACCUGCCCACCCAGUUCAGUCUCAGGGCUCCUAUAGGACUUUUCUUUAGCUGGGGAGAGUGAAGUGUAGGUACACUAGAAGGUGCUGUUGUCCUGGCUUUGAAUGGGCUUAUUGCUUUAUUUUAUUCAGUGUGUGUGUGAGCGUAAGUGUGAGUAUGAUGGUAAGUCGUUGAGGAAUCUCUCAUUAUAGUGCCAAAACAUGAAAAGGCUAACUUCUUCACAUUUGUGAAAUUUCAAACACUUACCUACACACACAUCUAUACCCUGUUCUGAUAGGGUCUAAUAAACACGUUUUAAAAAAAUGUUUUUUAAGUUGCCAUUAAGGGGUUUUGGGAGCAAUGCCACAACACAACCACUCUGGUUUUAAACUUUUUGUUAGUAAGUAAGGUUUGAGUAAAGAACAUUUUCUAAGUAACAUAAAUGGUUUACACUGAUAAAUGAUUGUUUAUCAAGUUCAAGCCAGAAACCAUUUAGAAACGCUAUUUAUUAUUUUAUUUUAUUUUUUUAGAGGGACACAUUCUUACUAUUGUGCAAAAAAACUAGUAUCUACAGAAUGCAACACUUUAAUUUUUUGUUCAACAGCAAUGAAUUAAAGGUUAAAGGUGAGUAUCCUCUGGUGUAUCUGUGAUUGUGAAAGUGUGUUCAGGUAUCAGUGGUUGAGAAGGUUGCUCUGGUUUAGAUAGCAGACAAAUACCUCCUUGACAUGUUAUGCCGUUUUAAUUCUGCAGUUUUUUAUACCUACAGCUUGUUUGCUCUGGGCUAAGACAGUUCAUGAGUUUGUGAGCUUGGAGGGUUUUUCCUUGGUUUGGUUUAUAAAAUUUAAGCACAUCAAAAUGUCAGACCAGUCUGAGGAGGGAGCAAAUAAAGUAAAUACAGGAAGAAGGUCCUGUUUUCUGUACUGUGUAUAUGUGUGUACAUGUCUGAAGAAUUUAACAUGGUGUUAUAGUAGAUUGCAUUUGCUCAUAAUUGUCGUAAUAUCUGGGUCAUAUACCAAGUUAAACUACCAUUGAGCUCAAACUAAUAAACAGCUGAUAUUUGGGUCAGAUUGAAGUCAGAUCCCGUUCUCACCACAAACAAACUACUCCAGAGUUGUUUGAGACCAGACUGAGACCACUUUCUUUGAGGAAGUGUAUUCACACCUGCCUAAAUUAAUCUGAAUCUAAUUUAACUGCAUUAAAAUGAUAAAAACACUCAAAGUUCACAAACUCCUGAUCUGAUUUGGACCAGAGAAAACAGAAUAUAAGUGCGUUAGUAUUCACCACUCGUGUUCAGUCCGGUCUAAAUACCCCAAUACAUCAGCAACUCAAUCUGUAAAGAUUAGAGCUAUAAUUUUUGGCCCUUUUCUCCUUUUACUCUCAUGGCUCUCCUAGCGUGCACACAAUCUCAUAUCCACAUACGGCUACAAUUUCUGUAGUCAUUGCACUGAGAGAUCCCUUAUUGAUUUUUUUUUUAUAAUGGUAGUAUUUUUUCAUUCCUUUUUUUGGUCCGACUUUCUCUCCCAUAAAUAAAUCUGGUUUUAAUACAACAUCAGAAGAAACAUUAAAUGAUGUGACAGACGGCUGAAAAUCAGUUUCUGAUGGAGGCGAUAGGAUGUAUAUUGCCCGUAGUUAUAUAACAUGGAACGGGGCAAAUGCAUGCUGUGUAAUAAUGUUAUCUGCAAUAUUUCUGACUGGAAAUUUGUGACUGGAUAAAUGUACUGUUCAACACCAGCUUUUGCAUGCAUACGGUUUGUCGUCGCAUGCUAAUCUUUAAUAAACUAGUCCUGUAAGAGAGAA